CCGAGCCGUGCUGAACCGUGCUGUGCUGUUCCGAGCCGCUCCGAGCCGUGCCAAGCCGAGCCGCACCGCACCUCGCCCGCCGGAGCCCCGCGCAUCCCCCGCCGCCCAUGGGGCGCGCAGCCUCCGCGGGCGCGCUGCUGCCCCGCCGGUGCUGAGCGCCCCGGGGGCUUGGGGGGCACGGGCACCGAGCGCCGCCCUCCCUCCCCUCUCCGCCGGGGGCUGCGCGGCCUUGGGGCGGCCCCCGGGCAUGCCCCAGCCGCUGGGCGCCGCCUGCCCCGCCGCUGAGCGCCGCCGCGGGCGCGGGGCGGCGCGCACGGAUGGAGAGCUGAGGCGGUGAGCCCCGCCGGGCCGGGCCGGGCCGGGAGACGUGACCAUGUGGAUACGCCGGCUCCCGGGAAGCAGGUCAGGUUGCCCGCUAGGAAGCCAUGCUUGGAUGUUGAUAGCCAUGUUCCACCUCGCCAUGGACCUCGCCAGCUGUGAGCCCGUCGGGGUCCGGCUCUCGCCGCGGCCGGCGCACCGGCACAGACUGCCCCGCGGCGCGCUGUGGGGCAUGGGCGGCACCGAGGAGCCGCGGCGCCCCGUCCCCCCCUGGCCCUGCGCCCCCCGCUCCCGCCGGCCACCCCCCGUCCCCCUUCCCCGCGCCAGGAGGCAGCUGCGGGGCCGCGGCUUCGCCCCCCGGGACGGGCGGCCCACGGCGCUGCCCGAGGUCAUCGUUUGGGGCCCCACGGGCGAGGAGGACUCCCUGGAGAGCAGCACGCUGCCCGGCGCCUUCACCACCACCGCCGCCACCACCACCGCCGCCACCACCACCACCACCGCUGCCACCACCGCUGCCGCCACCACCGCCGCCGCCGCGCCGCCCCCCAGCAGCCCGGCUCCCACGCCCGGUGGCGAGGUGCCCCGAGGCAGCCCCGGCCGCCCCAGCACCGCCGAGCCGGCCGCCGGCCACAGCAGCGGUGGCAAGGACGCCCGCCCGCCCCGCGGCCUGGGAGACACCUCAGGUCUGGCGGUCCAUCAGAUAAUCACUAUUACAGUGUCCCUCAUCAUGGUCAUAGCUGCUCUGAUAACAACUCUUGUCUUAAAAAACUGCUGCGCGCAGAGCGGGACCACGCGGCGCAACAGCCACCAACGCAAAAUCAAUCAGCAGGAGGAGAGCUGCCAGAACCUGACCGACUUCACCCCCGCCCGCGUGCCCAGCAGCCUGGACAUAUUCACAGCCUACAACGAAACGCUGCAGUGCUCCCACGAGUGUGUCAGGACGCCGGUGCCCGUCUACACGGAGGAGGCAUUGCACUCACCCGGAGAUUACAAAGCGACGUACAAUGGAAACAGACCCUCGUCUUCUGAUCGGCAUCUUAUUCCUGUGGCCUUUGUGUCUGAGAAAUGGUUUGAAAUCUCCUGCUGACUGGCCGAAGCCUGUUUUACUUCCCGGGGCAGGGCAGACGCCGUGUGGCUGUUUCCUGGAUUCCAUUGGUGAACCUGUAAAAAAAAAAAAAAUUAAAAAAUAAUGGGUUACCUGUACCUACCAUUUCUGUUUACCAGUAGGAGACUCAAAGAGCAGCGUUCUAUGGGCCAAAUAUAUUUUUAUAAAAAUGAACACGCCUAUAGGUAACUGCAUUUUUCAAAGAGCGCAUUUUUUUGGAGAAGAGUAAAAAAUGUGCGAGCGAAGAAUCCCGUGAAGGAAGAGGAAACCGAGAAAAACUGAAAGGAGCAGGACUGAGCAUCUGGAGCUUGGGAUACGGACUACGAUUCUGAACCUGUGCCAAUAAUACCAUUAUGUGCCAUGUACUGAUGCAAAAGACUUCGCGAGAAGCAGAAGCUAAGUCAGUAACACAGAAAUGCUACAGAGGACAGGGGUGGGGCGUCUCUUCUGAUGGGGUCGUUAAUUCUGGUCCAUAUACAUACAUACAUAUGAUAUAUACACAGAGGAAAUAUAUAUACACACACAAACACUUUUUGUACUGUAGCAAUUUUUGAAGAUCUUAAAUACUCAUUUUUAAAGAAAAUGUCAUGGGCUAAAAGUCUGAUUUCUUUAACACGCAUACUAUGACCUAGUUAAACCGAUGUUUUCUACUUUGGCAGCUUGCCUUUCCAACCUAUCCGUGUAUAUAUAGAUAGACAUAUACAUAUAUAUAUGUGUGUGUGUAUGUAUAAACAUAUAUAUGUAUGUAUACAUAUAUAUAGAGUUUUUCCUUUUUGUUUCGGGAACACAUUUCCAGCAGCGGGCGGGUGACGGGCCGUGGUGGCGGUGGGGGCCGGGGCUGGCUGCGAGCACUGGGGGCAGCUCGUGCUGCGUGUCCCCCCCCCCGGGGACCACCCGAGGGGCUCGGCUGUCCCGUGCCGUCGUGCUGUGCUCCGUCUAAUCUGCCACCUCUGCUGGCACAUGUCCCCAGGAGACGGAUUUCAGGGGUCAGAGGGGUCAUUUGUCUCCUGGAGAAUGACUUCUGAAUUGAAGGUGACAUAAAGCUGUGCCCCCUUGUUGGGAGGGAGAUGGGAGGGAGGCCGGUGAGGCUGGGGAGCCCGGCCCCUGCUCGCGGGGUCCGCAGGGGCAGGAGGUCACUGAGAGCAUCCAAAAGGAGUUGCACAUUUUGUGCAGGGGGCAAGAGCGAGCAUCCCCAGUGAGGUUCCCAGGGGAAGACGAUGCAAGGGCGACGUUCUGCCAGGGGAGUUGGGUUUUGGGGCUCAGAUUCAGGCUGCUGCGCUAGAAACCCGUCCCUGCUGGGGUGCUCACGCCGUGCACCAGCCCUGCUGCUUGGGUCUGUGCAGGUGAGCUGCUUGUGGCCGGCCCUGGGAUGGUUUCCCCUUGUGCUGCUUCGGAGUUACGUGAGUGGAAAGGACAGAAGAGUUCAGACCAAAGUCCUCCGGUUCUUUUUGUAAACCUCCCUUCCUAAAUAUUAACGGUUUUUUAGAAUUAUCCAGAUAACGCAUCCCUCCUCAUCCGCUAAUUACCCAGCUCCAUUUCCUUAUUGUAAGUGUGCAGUUCAAAAAAAAAAAAAAAAAAAAAAAGGAAGUAGGAACUUCUGGUAUUGCGCAUAGCCACACGUGCAGUCUCUUGUUUCUGUAUCGUUUUCUGUCCUUUUCUGAUGGGGUUAUACAGUCCGGAUUGUUUUCCCCUCGUUUUUGGAAGCUGUCCCGGGAAGAAGUCUUCCUUGCCAGACAUGUGGGUUUGAAGCAAACAUCUCUGAAGGUGCUGGCAGUGUUCCCUGUGGCUUUGAUGAACCUGGAGGAGCAUCCUGCGCCCGCCCUGCCUCGACUUCUGGUGGCUGUGUGGGGCAGGAGCAGCCAGACACCAGGCGUGGGGUUUCCACCCUGCCUGGAUGGACCUGGUGCUGUGCCCAAGCCCGUUCCUUCUGCGGCAGUGGUGGGCGAGGUGGGCACGGGUGGCCACGGAGACCUCAGCCCCACCGGGGGACCCCAGCACCACGAAGUGGGGCAGCCCCUCGGGGGGCAGCGAGGUUUCGGCAUCAUUCCUUCCCCACAGCCUGCAUUGGGGCUUUCGUGUUUUACUGCUGUAAACGGUGCAGCCUGUGCAAAUUCUCCCUGCUAUCACAGUGCUUGAAUUUCCCUUCUUUGUCUCACUUCUCCGGCAUCAGCCCACUCCAGCUCUGCGGUUGCGUGUUGUGCUUUCCCCAUUGAUCUUUCUAUUUCUUUGUCCCUGCUGGCUGCACCGCGUAGUUCUUGUGGGUAUUCCAGUGUAAUCUUGGUAGCGAUUUGACACCAUAAAAUCUAUCUCGGCUCCCUCGUUCCCGGCCGUUCCGAAGCAGUGGGAUGUGUUUCUGCGUUUGGAGAAGCCGCCGGCUGAAGCAGCUCGGCCAGGCGGAGCCGCGGGGUGGCAGGGACGGGCAGCGGGGCCCCCCCUGAGCUGGUCCCCACCAUGGGGGAGCCCCGGGGCGGGGGGGGACGCGUGUGUCUGUGUGUCUGUGCGCGUGUCUGUGUGUCAGGGAGAGAGAGAAGGCAAAUAACUCCAACCUCAGAUGGCUCGGGCAGGUUUCCGACAGCAGGACUUGCGUGAGCUUUCCGCACAGUUGCAGAAGGACACGUUCUGGCCACCCAGAGACUGCUCGGCGGUGAACCAGGAGACAAAAGUAGAUGCACAAUCUUCCCUUAUUUAUAAGGACCAACAGCACUUGCACUUUAUCAGAGAAAUCCUCACAUCCCUAUGCAUGCCAAGCACACCAAUAAAAGGAACAACUGCCAGUAAGGAAGGAAGGAAGGAAGGAAAGAAGGAAGGACCAGAGCUGCAGAUGUGGAGAUUUACAAGGCAGGACUCUAGCAUCCCGAUGUUUUUUUGUAGUAACUAGAAAUGAACCGUGCUUAUUUCAUCCCCUGCUAUUGAUGAAAGCCAAAAAAAAAAUCCAAUCCCGAAAUGAAAACACCAAGCUGUAUUUCCGUGGAAUGGACCUGUUUGAGCAGAUCUUUUAGACGAGGGAAAAAGCAGGCAUGGGACCUGCAGGCACGCUCACCCAUCAGCUUUGCCACCUUACGGCCGCCUCGUCUCGCCUCGAGGUCUUUUGGCUGUUGCAGCACCAGGUUGUGGCGCCGAGCGGACUCCUUUCAGCACAAAACGCUUCGUCCUGAGCUGGUGGUAACUGCUCCAGGUUUCAUUGACUUGCGCCGGCCCAAAGCUUACUCAGCAAUAACGGGGGAGGAUUUGCAGAUGCUCGUGCCGCCGGGUACGUGGGGUUUGCUGGAACUGCUCGCCUGAGCAGCAGGGGCUGGCUCCUGUGCUAGGACGAGGAGGAUUCGUGCGCAUUUGGAGAAUGAGGCCUUGAGAAAGGAUUUUUCUGUUGUCAUUCGGCAGCUGAGCCAGUUUUCCAGCCAAGCUGCAUUGCAUCGGCAGCAGGAGAUGUUCCACCCUCCAGUGCGGCGCCGUGCUCUGCAUCCUCUGUGCCGGGGUUCUCUGAGUGCUGGGGUCAGUGCUGCUCCCCUACGAUGUCCCCGGGGUCCCGGGGUGGUGGCACCGUGCUGGGCGCGUUGUGCUUCGCCCUCGUGGGUCGGAUCGCGCUCGGUGCAGGCAUUUGCUGGCCCAAGGUCUGGCAGCUUGGAAAAAGAGUUUGGGUACUUGCUCUGCCAUAAGCUUCCAGCUAGCUUCUUUUCUUUUCGGUUCAUUUUAUGGGUUUCUUAGUCCCUUAGCAGUUAUCGAGAAACCUAUCACAGCUGCCGAAAGGCUGCAAAACCCCCCAGCCGUGCCGUGGUGUACUUGUGGUUUGCUGUGGCUCUGCCCCGUCAGGGGGAAUGGGAAAAAGCCCCCUCCCCGCGUGCCCUCCAAAGGGCCAGGAACGCCUGCUGGCCUCUGCAUGGGGCAGGGAGCCCCUGGCUGAGCCCCCCCCCGUGCCCUGGCAGCAGGCAGGCUGCGGGGACACCGCUGGUCCCAUCAAUUUGGAAGUGGGGACACCCCCGGCAGGCAUUGGGGGGCAUCAGGCCAGGGGCGAGGGUUGCAGCGAGCAGGAGAGGGGAGAACAAGCCCUGGUUGGCGCACGGCCCCGGGUAGCUGCCCAUCUCUCCGGACCUGAUCGUUUACCUUCAUUCUGUCUUCCCAGCUAGAGAAAUGGGCAACCUAUCACGGAUUGAAUCGGAAAGCCGUUCGGAAGAAGCGCUCCUGCAGGGUUCUCGCGACUCGAAUUUGUUUCCAGCGUAGGCAGAAAUGUAGAGCAGUGACAGCAGAAACAGGCUUAACAAUGAAAAAGAGCGUUGCAAAGGCGGAUUUCAGGUUACCUCUUCUCCGUUGGCAGCUUGGUACAAAGGACGGUAAUUCAGCUAAAAUGGUAGUUAAAUAGUAGAUAUUCUACACAUAUUAUAUAUUUUGUAAAAAAAAUAAAAUAGAAGAAAAAUAUAUAUAUAAUAACUCAGCCCACCCAUUUCAGGAUGAAUGUGGUUGGAAUUUUCGUUCAACCAGCUAUAAAAUCUGUAAGUGAUUUUUCAAAACCAGCAAGAAAUCCCUCACCAUUUCAGACGUCCGUGGGUCCGGUUCGGUCUCCAGAUCUCAUAACGCUUGUCACGCAUUUUUAAGGAUUAUUCUCAGCAUUUGUAGGUACAUUUUUAACAGUGUCAUGAGUGGAGAUAAUAUUUACUUUGAGAAAAAGUAUACGUUGCACAAAAAAUGUACACUAAGGGCACAGAUUCCUGACCCAGAUUCUUCUAUUUUAGGUUCGGAGGGGUUUAUUUUUUUGUUUGAUAGGACAUGUACAGCGAAGUUUACAGUUUAUUUUUAUUUUGCCAAAAAAAAAAAAAAAGAAAAAACAUUUUCUAACAUGAGACAGCUUUUACUUUGUAACCGGUUUUACAUCACCGAGUACUUCUUUCUUUUUUUUCUGGGAAAAUUCUGCGAGGCGAGACACCGGCACGCACCCGUGUGCGGCGGCACGGCCCCGGGGACCCGUCCUGGCGCACACGGCCACGGCACGGCCGCUGCCCGGACAAACGCUGAGCCUGGGAAGCCUCCCGUGGUCCGGGCAGCCCGAGCCGACCCUCGUGGCACUGCUCCUCCGUUCGUGAGCCCGGGCAGGGCGCGGGGUUGGGGCACCGGCUGGCUGCGGUUCCACACGGGUGAACUAUUUUACUCCGGAGUGUUUUUUUAAUUUGUCUCUGUACUUCGAAGCUGUGUAUUUGGAAGCACUGUAAAUGCGACCCUAUACCGAUUUCCCUGUGUAUAUUUAGUACUCUGAUGUUGCUAUUAAAGCUGAUAUGAGAACAGC